CCCGGCAUCCCCUAUGAGCGACGGCUUCUCAUCAUGGCGGACCCUAGAGAUAAGGCGCUUCAGGACUACCGCAAGAAGCUGCUAGAGCACAAGGAGAUUGACGGCCGUCUUAAGGAGCUAAGGGAGCAAUUAAAAGAACUUACCAAGCAGUAUGAAAAGUCUGAAAAUGAUCUGAAGGCACUACAAAGUGUUGGACAGAUUGUAGGUGAAGUGCUUAAACAGUUAACAGAAGAAAAAUUCAUUGUUAAAGCAACAAAUGGACCAAGAUAUGUCGUAGGUUGUCGUCGGCAGCUUGAUAAAAGUAAGCUGAAGCCAGGAACCAGAGUUGCUUUGGAUAUGACCACACUGACCAUCAUGAGAUAUCUGCCAAGAGAGGUGGAUCCAUUGGUUUACAACAUGUCUCAUGAGGAUCCUGGGAAUGUAUCUUAUUCUGAGAUUGGAGGCCUGUCAGAACAGAUUCGGGAAUUAAGAGAGGUAAUAGAAUUACCUCUUACAAAUCCAGAAUUAUUCCAGCGUGUAGGAAUAAUACCUCCAAAAGGCUGUUUGUUAUAUGGACCGCCAGGCACUGGGAAAACACUCUUGGCACGAGCUGUUGCCAGCCAGCUGGACUGCAACUUCCUAAAGGUUGUAUCUAGUUCUAUUGUAGACAAGUACAUUGGUGAAAGUGCUCGUUUGAUUAGAGAAAUGUUUAAUUAUGCCAGGGACCACCAGCCAUGCAUCAUUUUUAUGGAUGAAAUAGAUGCUAUUGGUGGCCGUCGGUUUUCUGAGGGAACAUCAGCCGACAGAGAGAUUCAGAGAACUUUAAUGGAGUUACUAAAUCAAAUGGAUGGAUUUGACACUCUGCAUAGAGUUAAAAUGAUCAUGGCUACAAACAGACCAGAUACACUGGAUCCUGCUUUGCUGCGCCCAGGAAGAUUAGACAGAAAAAUACAUAUCGAUUUACCAAAUGAACAAGCAAGAUUAGAUAUAUUGAAAAUCCACGCAGGCCCUAUUACAAAGCAUGGUGAAAUAGAUUAUGAAGCAAUUGUAAAGCUUUCAGAUGGCUUUAAUGGAGCAGACCUGAGAAAUGUUUGUACUGAAGCAGGUAUGUUUGCAAUUCGUGCCGAUCAUGAUUUUGUAGUUCAGGAAGAUUUCAUGAAAGCAGUCAGAAAAGUGGCUGACUCCAAGAAGCUAGAGUCGAAACUGGACUACAAACCUGUGUAAUUUACUAUAAAGUUUUUGGUGGCUGCAUGACAGACAUUUGCUUAAUGUAAAAAUAAAGUUAAGGAAAAUAAUGUAUGUAUUGGCAGUGAUCUCAUUAAAAGUGAAUAAACAUGUCUAAGCAACAUAAUAGUAUGUAAUUCAGUAAUUCUUUUAAAUUGGUACAGAAGAAAGUUGUAUGUUUGUUAAUGUUGCAUUUACUGCAGCAGACUUUACGAAAGACACGCUGAAGCUUUUCAUAUGUGCUUUGUGAGCACUUUGUACAACAUUCAAAGUGGUUUGGGAUAGUAGAGGAGAGCAUGUCUUAUGACUUAUUUUAUAUUUUGUUUUCCUCGUCCUAAAAGAAAAGCAAUAAAAUCUGUUUAACUUGUCUUAUA